AAUCUGCUCUUGCGACAGAGUGAGCGAUAAUUGUCAGAAGAACACCCGCUUAUAAAACCAUCUGUUCCCUUGCCAAAGACAUCAGAACCUGACUGUCUCAUAGCAGAAAUGGCCACCAAAACCGUCGUUCUCUUCGCUGCAGUCGUGCUAGCCUGUUUGAGCGUCGCCGUGGCUGGCCCGCAAAAUAGACAGCUCAACGCAUGCAGCAGCAGGACGCUCGGCUACCUCAAGCAGCAAAUUCAAAUCUGCUGUAGGAGCGUCCCCUCUCAGCAGUACUUCAACCCCGGCUUUGUGUGCGGCAACGAAGUCACCUCCUCGCUGGAGAGAGACUCAUCCUGCUCCCUGCAACGCGCCCCGGAAGUGCUGGGCCGCUGUCUUCAAAGGCACUACCUCCAGGGCGACGCGGCCACGGCCUGCCUCAAGAAAGCGCUCGACAACGGAGUCUGUUGUUAACCACAAUGUUGCACAAUUGUGAAAAUUAAAUAUAAACGGUAUAAAGUAAAUCAGAAAACCCA